AUGUAAUAAGCAUAUGACAGCAUUCUAAAACUAUGAUAUUUUUACAGACAGAAGGUUCCAGGCUACAGAGGGAAAUGCGUGCUUACUUGGCUGCCAUUAAGGGAAUGCAAGAGGCCUCUCUAAAGCUCACAGAAUCUCUUCACGAAGUUUAUGAGCCUGACUGGUAUGGAAGAGAGGAUGUUAAAACGGUGGGAGAGAAAUGUGAUGUACUUUGGGAAGAUUUUCAUCAAAAAUUAGUGGAUGGAGCCUUGUUAACACUUGAUACAUAUCUAGGACAGUUUCCUGACAUAAAGAAUCGAAUAGCCAAAAGAAGCCGGAAACUGGUUGAUUAUGACAGUGCAAGACAUCACUUGGAAGCAUUACAGAACGCCAAGAGAAGAGAUGAAGGGAGAAUUACUAAGGCAGAAGAGGAAUUUCAAAAGGCACAAAAGGUAUUUGAAGAUUUUAAUACAGACUUACAAGAGGAACUUCCUUCACUAUGGUCCAGGCGAAUUGGUUUCUAUGUGAACACGUUUAAAAACAUAUCAGGACUGGAGGCAAAGUUUCACAAGGAAAUCACAGGGCUGUGUCACAAACUGUUUGAAGUUAUGAGCAAAUUAGGAGAGCAGCAUGCUGAUAAAGCGUUUACUAUUCAAGGAGCACCGAGUGAUUCUGGACCCCUUCGCAUUGCAAAGACUCCAUCACCACCUGAAGAAGUUACACAGAUCCCCAGUCCAUUAGCAAGCCCAAACCAUACAUUAGCACCUGUGUCAUCUCCUGCGCCUGCAAGGCCUAAAUCUCCAUCACAGCUGAGAAAAGGCCCUCCUGUUCCUCCAUUACCGAAGCUCACGCCAUCAAAAGAACUGCAGCAAGAAAACAUUAUUAGCUUCUUUGAAGAUAAUUUUGUCCCUGAGAUCAAUGUGACAACCCCAUCACAGAUCGAAGCAACAGAAGAAAAGAAAGUAGAAUCAUUACUAGACCUGGACUUCGAUCCUUUCAAACCAGAGGUUGCAUCAGCUGGAAUAACACAGUCCCAUUCACCCAUUUCCCAGACAUUGCCAUGGGACCUGUGGACGACAAACAAUGAACUAGUCCAGCCAGCAUCCAGUGGUGCUUUUAAUGGACUGACACAGCCUGAUGCUUCCACAUCUGUCUUCGAAAUACAGACAGAACCAACUGGUGAAGUGACGGUGGAGCCUGAUGUAGCUGUCCCCAGUGAAACCAGUGCUGAGGACACACAACCUGCCCCUGAUGUUCUUGAUGAAAGCGCUAAAGUUGAGGAGCAAAAUGAGCAAGCAGAGAAGACAGUGGAAAAUAUUGAACCUGAAGAAACCAAGACAGCUGAAGAAGCUGAGACAGAGGGCAGCAAGAUGGAACCCGAAUGUGAAGAAGUAACUGAUGAACCUGUACAGAAUACAGAAGAAGAAACAACAGAAGCAGAACUGGAUGGUGCUAAAGAUGCUAAAGAUGUUGAAGCUACUCCGGAAAUUACCUGCAUACCAUCAGUUGUAAUAGAACCAGCAUCUAACCAUGAAGAUGAAGGUGAAGAUGAAGAUGUGGAGAAUACCCAUGUAAAAAAUGCUGUAGAAGAUAAAGAUGAAAUUGAUGCCAUCCCUGAUACAUCUGCUGUGCAAGCUCAGAGCAUGGAUGGAACUGAUCAGCCUCCUUCAUCGGGGAGCAGCACAUCCCAAGAUUUUCCAACUAACUUCGCAUAUAAGGUUGAAGCACUACAUGAUUUUGAAGCAGCAAAUGAGGAUGAACUCAACUUUAAGAGAGGAGACUCUGUUCUAGUAAUCCAUGCUACCACAGCAGCCGAUCAGGAGGCUGGAUGGCUUACUGGCAUUAAAGAGUCAGACUGGCAGCAGUACAGAGUUUGUGACCCAUACAAGGGACUGUUCCCAGAGAACUUUACUCGAAAACUAGAAUAA